CGACUGUCCAAAAAUAUAUUCAUCCUGAAAAUGUGUGGCAUCUCCCGGCCUCCGUACACACGAACUGACAUUAAUGACAAGGUCUGACAAGUGAGGGCGCGUGUUUCAAAACAAGACCAAUGCUUCCGAGCUCCGGACGGGUUGUUGUCAUCGGCACCAAAGCACCCUCAAUCAAGUUUUUGCCUCGUACUGUUGUCAGAUUCCAGUUUUCUAAACCGAGACAUUUCAAGACGUUGCCAUGACAGCGGAUGUGUCAAUCAUCCUACCUGUGCACAAUGCUGGAGCCUGGCUGGAUGAAUGCCUUCAGUCAGUACUCGACCAACAAUUCACUGGAGGUUUAGAACUGUCUGUCUUCUUAGAUGCAUGCACAGAUAAGUCAAGUGAGAUCAUAGAAAGCUGGAAGCCCAGACUAGAAGCUGCUGGUAUGGCUGUUGUGAUUGAUGGACAUAAUGAUAAAUUGCCUAAAGGAAUUGGAUAUGCCAAGAAUCGUGCCAUUCUCCAGAGUCAUGGUGCCUUCCUUUGCUUCCUGGAUGCAGAUGACGUGAUGGACUGUCACCGUAUUGAGAUGCAGCUGGCAGCAACGGCUGACCGUCCAUUCACCAUUACAGGUUGCCAGUUUAACAGACUACCAGCGGGUUCAACAGAACGUUACACCAAGUGGGCCAAUUCCAUCAGCCAGGAACAGCUAAUGACACAGAUCUACACAGCUCAUGGGCCAACUGUUAUCAUGCCUACAUGGUUCUGCUCAAGGGAAACAUUCAACAGAGUUGGUGCAUUUGAUGAAAUUGGCAAGGGAAUGCCUGAAGACCUGCUGUUCUUCCUUGACCAUCUACGUCUUGGUGGUAAGGUCAUCCGAGUUGACCAAUGCCUUCUCAUGUACAGAUACCAUCUCACUUCUGCCACUCAUUCCGUCUCCCAAGAGACAAUGUGGGACAUCAGAAUGAAGGCCCUUGAGGAGCGAGUCCUGAGCCAGUGGGAUUCAUUCACCAUAUGGAAUGCCGGUAAACAAGGGAGGAGGUUCUAUCGAAGCCUCGGUGAGCAGAAUCAGAAGAAGGUCAGUUGGUGACAGUGUCUACCAUAUUUGACUUAAUUUUUUACGAUUUUCAGGUGUUAUUUUUUUACAAAUAAGUCAACCUCAAUAUGUCUGGAAAAUACUGUAAAAGUACCAUAAGGUGAUUUUUGAGGUACUAGGUAGAGCUGUAUCAUUUAAGGAAGUGCGAAAUACUGAACAUUUUUACAGGAAAUAUCUCUGUUUCGCCUUUGUGACAACAUGAACUUCAAAUGGGCAUAAUUCACCAUGGAUUGUUAGUCCAUUUUCAAAAAUGAAAUGGAUAUUCCCUUGUAAAAGGAACACGAAUAAGCUACCAUUGACUUGUUGCUCAGAAGAACCACGUUUGUGCCAGUCAAACUUUUUAUUAGUUCCACAAACCAGGGCCUGCUGGUACCAUAAACAUCUAACAACCUAGAACUGACAUUUCUAUCUGCUUUUAAGUUGUGCACUUCUGAUAUCAACACGCUGUGUCAUAUAACCGUUGCGUUAUACACGACGCUCAUUCUGAUCAUAAAUAAUGCGUGCACAUCGUUCAUUUGUCCCCUUGUGUGUUCAAUGCGCAACGAUGAUGAACUUCCACAUAACAUGGCGAGUAUAGGCGCAGCGUUUUAAUAUCAGAAAUGUCAGGCAAACAUCAUUUCUAGGUUUUUUUUUAUCCCCCUGGCUUUGAAGCCAGACAGGGGGAUAUUGAGAUCGCGUAUUCCUUCUGUGUGUUCGUGUGUGCGUGUUCCAGUUCACUGUAAUUUCAGUCAUCAAUCUUAAUCCAACUUGAAAGGUGGUCUGUGGAGAGAAGGCCAACAUCAAAAAAACUUUCCAAUAUGGAUAUUUACGAGGUCUCUGGAGAGCUCAGCUAAGUAUUACUAAUGACUCUAACAUUAUGUUAGUCCUGUGUCUCAACCAAACUCUCCAUUCAACCCAAACUCCCAAUUCAACUGAGAACUGGUGCCUGCCAGGUGGGCAAUCAAGGCCGUCACUGAAAAUUGUCCUUACUAACUGCCUGUUCCUGUACAUGUAUACAAACAUGGAUGAUUGCGCAAGUUUUACUUGCAGUAUUUUUUAAAGAUGUCUAUGGCUGGUACAGGCUGAUUUAGCAAGGCCAGAACAAGUACACUGUGAUUGGCUGUUAUAAAGCUGAUAUUGACAUCUCAGGCUCAUGCACCCACAAUCCCCAGUCAGUACCAAUUGCCUUCGUUGAGAGCAGUUUUGCACAUCCCCACCACCUAUCCAAGGGCAGAGGUGACGUCAAAUUUCUAUGAGCUGUCAUAGAACGAUUCUGUUUUAGUCAUUGACUUUGGGUCAGUAUUACGCUCGGUUCAUGCUCGGUGCGAAAGCGAAAAUGAACGCGAAUUUGUGACGUUAUGGCAAGUAUUCGCGCUGCGAAUUCGUAAAAGUUGAACAUAUUUCAACUCGGGCGAAUUUCGCAGUGAGUGUUUCAUGAUGUCAAAUUGGCUUUGCAUUUGUGAGGAGUAUGAACCGGGCUUUAUGGCGUGCGCAUUACCCGUGGCACAGAAUGUGCAUACACUGAUAAUGUCAAGUGAAUAGGCACAUUGCUCUGCGAUGGAUGCAUUUCCUUCACAAGAAUUUUUAAGUAGUAAGCGGUCACCCAGCCCAGCUUUGCCUUGGAUAAGGUGUUGGGGUUUGAUUCCAGCAACUGGUCGAAUGUUGUGUCCUUGGGCAAGCCACUUAACCCCUACUUACCUGUUUCCACCCAUGAGUAUUAAAGGGCACCAGCAUAAGCUGGGGAGCAGCCUGCAAUGGACUGGCAUCUCAUCCACUCUGGGCUGAUGAGCCAUAUUGGUUCAGGUUACACUUCAUCCUUUAAUUUUUUACUGCCCAUGUGUGUUUUAUCAUUUGUAGGCGGCUCAAUUUUGUGAUAUUGACGUUAAGAAGAUUGAGAAGGGUGUGUAUAUCUAUGAGGAGAGCAAGGUUAUUCCAAAGCCACGUGUGCCCAUUGUUCAUUUCAGUCAGGCUGCACCACCUUUUAUCAUCUGCGUCAAAAUGGACCUUACUGGUGGCAGUUUUGAGAGCAACCUGGCCUCUCUAAACCUCAUUGAGGGAAAGGAUUACAUCUUCUUCAGCUAACACAAAGACAUUGGUGAAGUGAGACACAACAUUUAAAUGUUUAUUGCGUUUUUAAACACUAUUUUUUGAAAACUAUUUUCCAUGGCCAAUUAUCACAAAUUCACUACAAUUGAUUGAAGCUCUUAAGACCCUAGACAUCCACUACCAAGACGACAUUUUCUUGAUUACAUUCAAUUUAUAAGCUUUCAUACCAACAUUGGACCACAAGAUAUCGAUGACACACUUCUCACAAUUACAAUUUUUACAACCUUGCUAGAAUACCCUUUCAGAAUUUUAUACAUAUUUAAAAAAACUACAUACAUUCACGAGCAAUUACAGCAACUUAGCAAAUAGGUAAUCACAUCUUCAACCAGAAUCUAGGCAUACAAACGGGAUCAUAGCACUCAGCACAACUCGCAGGCUCAUAUUAGCUCACAGAGAAUACAACUUCCAUAACCAUCACAAACAUCCAAACAUUUUAAUAUUUCAAAGAUACAUUGACGACGGCUUAAUCAUCAUGCGAAGCACCAAAGAGUUCAACCGUACACAUCUCAUCAAACUACUCGCCCACAUCUAUCCAAAAUCCAUACCAAUCACAUUCAACAUCAACAAAAAAUAGUUAACUUCUGAGACCUACGCAUGUCCAUCAACCACCAUACAUUACAUUACCAUAUUUACCAGAAACCAUUCCAAAAGUUCACAUACGUACACUUUACUUCCAAUCGCAAUACUAAUAUUAUUUUGUUCAAGUAUCAUCAAAGGAGAAUGCCACAGAAACAACACACACAGUGCACCCAUACGUGAAUACAAACACAUCAUUAAACUCUUUACAAUAAGGUCGUAAAAAUGCGGUUUCACCAAAUCACACAUUUCAAAAUCCUUACUACCCUUCCAACACAUCAACACACCCAAAGAACAUCAGCAUAUCAAAAAACAAUUCCUAUAUGGCACCAUCAAAUACAUGCACUAUAAAACAACCAACAACAUGUAUCACACACGAAAAGUCCUCAGAAAAACACCUGCUUAACGACAAUUAUACAUGCCCCAUCACUUAAAAAAAUGGUAUCAAAUUCAAACAAAAACCAUUUACUCCUGGGUGGAGGACUCGAACCCACAACCUGCAGCUUUACCUGCAGCUUUACCUGCAGACCAUGAAUCCAAUGCCCUUAAGCAAGAGGCCACAGCACUUCAUGAGGCCACAGCACUCAUGUUAUGAUGUAACACAAUUGAAGAGGCAAGAAUGUCUCGACUAUCAGACUGUUCAGCCUUCGACAAUCUACAUGCUAUUUUUGUAAAUAAAUAAUUUCUUUUGUUUCAACAGUACAUUAAAUAUAAUGUAAAUAGCCAACACAAUUUUUGUCUCACCUAAAUCCCACCUAAAAACCUUCAUAACAACAAUUUGACUUCAAACCGAUAAUUGCAUUAACCUCACCGAUCACUUUCUCCUUAAGAAUCCUCUUCCAUAAGAACCCUCCUGAAACCACAACGUUGCAAUUAGUGUUGCACAAAAAGUUGCCAGAAAUUUGGAUAUCUCGUAGUCAUAAUUUUUUCUUUAGUAAUUCGUUGUUAUGUCAAUACAUGGCAGUAAGCCAUUGAACAAACCUUUCUCAUAAAUAUUUCAGUGAAAACAAUUUAGGUUCAGAAUUUCUACAGAAUAACAGAUAAUAAGAACAGUGUCUCCCUGAAAUGACAUCACAGAAACAGCGCCCUUAGUAAUCCACAAGGCAUGAAUUGUUUUUAAUGUUUAAAGAAACGUAUUUUUCAAUAAACUUAAAGAAGAUUAGAAAAACCUUCCCCCAUUAGAAUGAUCUACUUUGGCAAAAUAGUUAUAAUUGCUUGGAUAAACGCAUUCCCCUUAAAUAAGACACUUUUAUUAUAACAGAACUUUUAUUUUAAUAGAACUUGAAAAAUGCAUAUUGUGUACUUGCCUUGUCGAUAAUCUUCGCACACCAAAUACAUCCCUUCACCAAAUUCAUUGAAAAUUCCUGUAAUAUAUAAAUCCAAUGAAAAACAAUUAUAUUAUUUUGUUUUCAUAUACCAUGUUAAUACAUUUUAACUGCCUCUUCAAAUAAAAAAAAAUUGUUGGUCUCACCAUCACAUUUUUAAUUUCCUUAAAGUAUAUUGAUCUUAAUAAUUCAUUAACAUCAUUAUAUCAUUUUGUAUUUUAUAUAUACAGUGAAAUCUCGAUAUGUCAAACUCUGAUAACUCAAAACAACUGUUAAGUCAAACCAAGAAUCCAUUCCCUUCAGUAGUAUAACAAUGAUAUACAAUCCUACUUAACUCAAAACUCUGCCUAAGUCAAAUUUUGAACCUGUUUCUUUGAGGUUUGACUUAUCGACAUUUCACUGUAUUGGUAAUUUGUGUCAAAAAAGUUACGGGUUUUUUAUAUUCUUUAAAAUAAAAUGUGUUUGUUUUACUCCAGAAAUAACUAA